CGAACCAAAUGGGGGCGGUCCAUUCCCCCAACACUCGGAAGAGGGGUUUCAUAUGCUUCUGCUGCGGUGCGACGGCGAUUGCGGUAGCUUGACGAGGCGACUGACGCAGCAGAGACAGAUGGAAGACGGAGACGACGAUACGGUCUGCUUAGGCGAAUCCUCGUUCUUCUUCGUCAAUCGCGACUAUGAGCUCACCACCUUCUCGUUUGGGUCUCAUUCUCUCGACCUCCUCUGUCUUCGCUCUGCUUCCACCGACUUCGAUCUUACAGGGCAAUUAGUAUGGCCUGGUGCAGUGUUGCUGAACAAUUACCUUUCAGAGAAUGCUGGUAUACUUAAAGGAUGUUCAGUUAUAGAGUUAGGCUCUGGAGUUGGUGUUACAGGUAUUUUAUGUAGUAGAUUCUGCCAUGAGGUUGUACUAACUGAUCACAAUGAGGAAGUUCUUGAGAUAAUGAGGAAAAAUAUAGAACUCCACUCAACUUCAGACACCCCAACAUCUGCUGUGUUAAGAGCUGAGAAACUAGAAUGGGGAAAUAGUGAUCAUUUGAGCAAAAUUUUAGAGGAGUACCCUACAGGAUUUGAUCUUGUUCUUGGAGCUGAUAUCUGCUUUCAGCAGUCCAGCAUCCCUUUUCUUUUCAGUACUGUAGAGAAGCUUCUGCGUCACAGGGGUGGCGAGUGCAAAUUUAUACUGGCUUAUGUGUCUCGUGCUAAGUUGAUGGACGCUAUGGUUGUCAGUGAAGCUAUCCGUCAUGGGUUGCAGAUCGACGAAGUGGAUGGGACGAGAUCAGUUGUUGCCAACCUUGAAGGAGUCAUAUUUGAGAUAACCCUGAAGCGAGAUUAAGAUUAUGUUAACAAGUGCAUCUUCUUUGUCUACUUAAGAACAAAAUGAUGGUCAAAUUGUGGCAGCACUAUGUUUCUUUUGAGAAUCCACUACAAAAGUUAUUGCCAA